UACAAAUUAACAUCUAGAUUCCAUCUUAGCUGACUGUAGCACAAACAGACACUACAGUCCUGUCGUGCGUGUUUCACGUUGCCCAUAGGUACUACAAAAGGAUACCACACCAUAAAAGGAUGACUCGUUCAUCUGUGUGUAGGGAAAAUGGCGACUCCGGUAUCUGCAACCGCAACUUUGCCUCGCCACAUGACAAUCAAGGGUGAGAAUGGGAGGUAUUUGGCACUCAAAUCGGAUGGGCUCCUCACAUUUGAUGCUGACCAGAGGAGUUUCCUCACAUGCCACGAGGUGAUAUACAAUUUCGACGACUCCGAAGGCACCUUCUCUGUACGUGCUUCAAACGGCAGAUUUUGGAGUCGUGAUGCUAGUAACUGGAUUCGAGCGAAUGGUAGCACGGAGCCACCCGCUACGACCGACAAGAGGACCCGCUUCAAGCUCGUGAGGUUUGAAUCAGGUCGGCUGGGAUUCCUGUCUGCACUUGAUGAUCGAUACCUCAAGCGCUACGACGCCAGCAUCCGUGGGUACAACGCCCUGCAAUCUCAGCCUGACCCUUUCACUCAAGUUGAGGUGAGCGAUGGUUCCGAGCAUGCAAUUCACCUCCCACGUUUCAUCACGUUCAAGGGAGACAAUGACCAGUUUCUGCUUGUACGCAAGGAAUGGAACAACGAAAACUGGUGGCUCCAGUUCAGUGGUCAGGAAAACGAUUUGUCCAGGGAUGAGGCCAUCAACAGGGUAGUUCAGAUGGUGGAUGGCAGUUUGGCAUUCUACAACAUUCACAGACAAGCUUAUUGGCGCAACAGGGCUCUUGACAACAAUUCCUGGGUAUGGGCAGAAUUCCAAGGAGCCGUGGAAGGAGAUUCGAGAUGCCAUUUCUGGCCCAUAAGGCUGAGCACCCAAAUGUUGGCCCUCACGAGCAAAUCCAACAACAGGAUAUGCAAGAGGCUGACCAACUAUUGGACUAACUGCUUGUCCGCUAGUGCAAAUGGCACAAACGAUGUAACAACGCGUCUUAUCAUCAGCGAAGCUACGCUCUCACGAUCGAUUUUCAACGUCAAGUACCUUCUCGAGUUGGCUAGCACCAUGGAUCAGAGGUUACUCAUGGUUGGCGAGGGCUCGGUGAUCAAUAGGCGGGACGAGCCGGCAGACAUGACUGUGACUGUAACUGUGUUCCAGAAUCUUUCCACGCAGAGGACAUUCUCAAACUCGUACACCAUCACCCAGAAGAUUUCCACCGAGUUCACAGCCGGCAUCCCGGGGAUCGCUGCAAAUCAGACUACUAUCGAGAUCGGCGCUGAGCAAAGCUUUACUACGGAGUGGGGUGAAACAGCACAGGAAGGCGUGCAAUUCCAGACAGAGUACGUUGUCCGUAAUGUCCAGCCUCAAAUGACGGCCAAAGCCACCGUGUUCGCGAGCACUGCAAGGAUGCGUGUCCCCUUCACUUAUACAAGCAGGGAGAGGGGUGCCAACGGGAUUGAUCGACCAUCUGAGAACCAUAUUGAUGGGGUCUUUGAUGGUGUGUCGGCAUUCAACAUCCAUGCAAUUUUAAGUGACGGUGAAUCGGAAAGAGACGUUCCUUUGAGUUUGGCCAAUGGCUUUUAUCGCAAGGAAGAUUAAGAGCGUCUCAUGCUUCUUGGGGGGGAUAUGUGAAUGAAUGAAUAAAAGUAAAUAAGAGAUUAAAUGCUACUUUAUUAAA